AUCCAGCGGAGCUCUGGGCGAAGGAAACGCAGGGAAACGAGUUGAAACCGAGGCGAUGGACAAGCUAAAGGACUAACGGCGCCACGGGGAAGGGGGCUCAGGCUCUCAGUGUUGAGCUGAAGGACACAGAGACAAACUGAGGACAGAAGAAGCUUGAGGUUCAGCAAGAGGCUCUCUGGCCCCAUGUCUGCCCCUGCACCAGCCAAUAGGAGGACUGGGUUGGGCUCUCGCCGGCGGACACCGGCCCCGCCCAGUAACAGAGAUCCCUAUGGCAACACCUCCCUCAGCAGCAGCAGCAACUCAGGCUCUUGUAAAGGCAGCGACUGCAGCCCCACCAAAGGACGUCAUAAGAAGUACAUGUCAUGUACGGAAAACCAUGGUAUCCGACCCCCUCCACCAGAGCAGUACCUCACUCCCCUGCAACAGAAGGAGGUGUGUAUACGACACCUGCGGGCCAGGCUAAAGGAAACCAUCACCGUCCUGCAAGACAGGGACACAGAGAUAGAUGAUCUGAGAGGCCAGCUUUACAGGAUGCAGGAGGACUGGGUAGAGGAAGAAUGUCACCGUGUGGAGGCCCAGCUGGCGCUGAAAGAGGCACGUCAGGAGAUCCAGCAGCUCAAACAGGCUGUGGACACUGUUCGUACCAGGCUCAGUGAAGCUGGUGGGCUAAGUGGGGACGUAGGGGUGCAGAAAUACUUUCAGGACAUCAACACUCAGAACCACAAGCUUGAGAACCUUUUGCUCAACAUGGAGCUAGCCCAGGCUGGAUUAGCCAAAGAGGGGGAAGCAAUAGCAGGCCAUCGUAUCCGUGUUGGCGGUUCGGCACCAGCAUCUGUAUCAGGGGAAAGUCCAGGUGGAGUACCCAAACCUGCAGUUGGGGGGAGGGGGUCGUGCUCUUGUGAUGGUUCCCCUGCCCGUUCUUUGACAAGGAGCUCCACCUACACGAAGCUGAGUGAUCAAGCAUUGGCAGACAGAAGCGGCCAAGACUUUCCUUGUCUUUCAGGUGAUGGUACCCAGGACAGCGGCAUCGUGUGCGGAGAGAGCAGUGUCCCGAGCCGGGCCGACCUGCUGCUGGAGGCCGCUUUCCUUUCUGAGGAAACAGCAUCUUUACUCAACUCGUACACACAGACCUUCUCCCAAUCUUUGCCUAUCUCUCUGCCCCACUCAAUGCCCAACUCAAUGCCCCACUCAAUGCCCAACUCUCUGCCCCACUCAAUGCCCAACUCUCUGCCCCACUCGAUGCCCAACUCUCUGCCUCACACCUUCUCCCAUACCUUACCACAUUCUUUCCCUCACAACUUGUCCCACUCUGUGCCCCACACCAUGCCACACUCCGCCACCUAUGACAAUGUGUGCACAGGCGAGCGAUUGGCCCCAUAUCGCUGUGGUCUGAGUGGGGUGGGCUGUAUCAGCCACCCAUGCCUGUCUCACCACCACCUCUACCUGCACGCCCUGCGGGAAGCAGGCAUUCAGACAGAAAGUUGCCCCAUCCCUGCAACGGCAGGUUACCCCUCUGAUCUGGACACUAUUGCGGAGCAACGCACUUUCCGCUCCCAGGCCUGCAGCCCCACCUCCACCUGGAUGUCUGAUGAGGGGGAGGAGGAGCUGGACUCUAUUACCACCACAACUUCUGUGACAACAGCAACCAUCAUGAGUACAGCUACAGAGCCAAUCCCAUUCUCCAGAACACCGUCUGCCCCUCCCUUGCCCCGAUCUGCAACUGUAGCAUGCUCCAUGGAAAGUCCUCUGUGUGCGGGGAAAGAUGAAGUGGAGGAAGAGGAAAAGCAGGAGAAAGAGAACAGAGAGAAGGAAGCUCCAACAACAGAGAAUCAGGAGGAAACUACAGUGAUCGAUGUGGCAGAAGAAAGCCAGCCACCACAAACCUGCUCAGAGAGAGGGACCGAGGUGGAAGCUGAGGAUGCAGUGGUGGAGGUCGCCCCAGCGAAAAGUUGCAACACAGCAGAGACACAGAGUGAGCUCACAUUUGGAGGAUGCUGUGGAGAGGGCAAAGUGAGUGGAACAACAAUAGGAGACAUCAAAUCGGAAGACAAGCAGCAAGAAGUCGAUCUAUCAGAAGGAUCGACCAAGGCAGAGACAACAGAGCCAGGUCCAAGUUCUCCGGGGUUAUCAGCAGGCGUAGAGCAGCCUCAGACCUCCCAACCCAGGAGUUCUACUUCCCACAUGGAGAUAGCAGGUGUCACUGUAGUGGAGGUUCAUGAUGAGGACAAUGAUGAAGAUGGAACUAGAGAACAAGGCACCACAGAGGGCGCCACGGCAGAAGAGGGAGAUCCAGCCGCUCCCGGGACAAUACAGAAAAGCUACUGGAGUCGUCACUUCCUGGUGGAUCUGCUAGCAGUGGCCAUCCCGGUUGUACCUACAGUGGCUUGGCUGUGCCGUGGUCCGGUCCGUGGUGGACAGCCCAUGUAUCAUAUAGGGUCGCUGCUUCGAGGCUGUUGCACUGUGGCUCUGCACUCACUGCGCAGGGGAGGUGGGUUGAGGCAUUACCCCGCAGGCGGGGGAGACCUGGGUGGAUCGUUGAUAUAGGACGAGUUUCUGUCAGGCGCCUCUCUGGUCUUUUAGUGUAACCACAGCUGUAUGGGUCCGGGCCUUUCAGGUUGUUGGAAGAUACUUGCAGAGUAAGGUGAGGAUGAAAAAAACUCCUCCUGUCUUGCUUCCAGUUGCGGUUUAGAGCUGAGGGGAGCAUCAUGAACAGGGAAUGUGGACUCAUGAUAAAAAUCUCUGGCUGGUAAACUCUGUUCUGUUCAGUCCUGCUUCUUAGUGUCCCUCACCCACUGGUUCUUGCUGUUGCUAUCAAGAUGUCUGCUAACAUUACUGACUUGUGCAAACCCGAAUGAGCUGAUUGACAUGAAUGAUCUACUGGAUGCUUGGAUGUUUAUCGCUGAUUGUUUAGUUUUUAAAUGCAGGGAAAUGUGAAACAUUUGUUGAUCUUUGGCUCAAAUCUGACACGUAAAAAUGAUCAUAUGUUGGUAAAUGUCAACAUCAAUGUGAUAUGUAUGUUUGUAUAACACUAUGUAUAACCAAAUAAUCCUGUUGUCUGCAGAAAUUAAGACAUGCUCUGCUCAUUGACCAACGACUGAGGGAAUAUCAGCUUUUAUUUAGAUUCUACACCUCCUCGGUGA